CUCAUAUUUAUUAAAUAAUGCACAGUAUAAUAAAAAAUGUUUGUGUACGUUUCAAUCAUUCUGGAAGUAUGUGCAUUCCGCCAAUAGAAUCAGCUAUACGAAAUGCUUUGAUGGAAAAGCUGCAACCGAUACAUCUUGAAGUUUUAAACGAAUCCCACAUGCAUAACGUACCCAAGGGUUCAGAAACACAUUUUAAGUUGUUAAUAGUGUCGGAAAUGUUCGAGAGUUUGUCUCUUAUUAAACGUCAUCGUCUAGUAAAUGAAAUUGUAAAAAAUGGACUUAGUGGCGGCUUCGUGCAUGCAUUAUCCAUAGAAGCAAAAACGCCUAAACAAUGGGAUUCUAGCUAUGUGGUGCAACCAAGUCCUAAUUGUCUGGGAGGAUUUGGAAAAUAAUAACAUUUAUAUUUUCAGUCUUUUGAAAAAUUAAAUAUAAACAAAAAAUUGAAACUUUAAA